AUGACAGUGGUGUUCAGGAGUGACAGCUCUGUGAUCGCCCGAGGAUUCAAAGCUGAAUUCAUGAGCUCUUUGAAACCAAGCUCAGGUCAAGUGAGCUGCACCUCAGACACAAUGAACAUUGUGAUUGAGAGAAGUUACCUGAACUCUUUGGGCUACAGCAGUCACGACCUGUACCUGAACGACGAGCAAUGCAGACCCCAAAUCACCUCAUACCAGGUGAUCUUCAGUUUCCCCAUUGGGAGCUGUGGAAAUGUCAGACAGUUUCACAAUGACAGAGUUGUGUACACCAAUGGUCUCCGUAGCUCCAACAGCAGCUCUGGAGAGAUCACACGUCACGCUGUCUUGAAGCUGAACGUCACCUGCAUCAUGGAUCAGGACUCAUUGUCUGAAAAUGUGUUUGUGAUCCAAAAUCCUGGAAACAGCUCUAUAAUAGGCACAGGCAAAUUCAACACAACCAUGACAUUCUACACAUCCAGUAGUUUCUCCUACCCGGUGACUGAAUUUCCUUAUGAGGUCGAACUCAACGAGUACAUUUAUGUCAAAGUAGAUCUGAAGUCGAGUGACAACAGCUUGGUCAUCUUUCUCGAUACCUGUGUGGCUUCUCCAUCGCCCCAUGAUUUCCAAACCAGAGCUUACUACUUGGUUCGCAAUGGAUGCACAGCAGACAGCACCUACUACGCUUAUACCUCUGGCACUCAGAAGUAUGCUCGAUUCAGAGUGAAGACCUUCCAGUUUCUGCGGGCAUCUGAGUCAGUGUAUCUCCAGUGCAAGGUCCUGGUGUGUCAAGCGUCUGACUACAACUCCCGCUGCCGCCGUGGCUGCAUCACACGUCGAGCCCGAGACCUCGGCUCACGUCAUGACAGCCAGACUCUGGUUCUGGGUCCGAUUAAACUCAAAGAGUCGAAGAAGGAGGAAGAAGGAACUGGCAAGCAGGACCAGGCCUGA